AAAACGCAAAUCCUGGGCGGCCGCUCCUCGAGGUCGUCCCAGGUUCAGUCGCCACGGAGUGCUAGAACGCAUGGAGUCGGACACUGUAGUGCUGAAGUUCGAUUGCGCUCGGAAGCUCGAGGGUCUGUUGUGGAUCGGGCCCAUGCUGGGGUUCAGUUGCGCUCGGAAGAUCGGCGGAGUGCAGCGGAUCGGGCACGUGCUGUGGAUCAGUCUGGUUCGGGCGGUCUUCGAGGCACGGGGGAUCAGGACGGUUCUGAAGUUCUACGGGAUGCGGUGGGAGCUGCGCCUUGUAGGCCCGGGGAGGAUCGGGUGAGGCCUGCUGCUGCCGUCGCUGCGCUUUCGUUUUUCCCCCCUCCUCCUCCGAUUCCUCCUCCUCCUCCUGAGAGAUCGUACAGCUUUAAGGAACUUGUCCGAAUGGCGAUGCGUUUUUGAGUCGGGUGUUUUCCUCUGGGGACUCCAGAGUCCAAGAUCAACGUUUCCGCUCACUGUGCAACCUCGGUUCAGCGAUGACAAAUCGGGGCUCCCUGCCAAGGGGGGGGCCGCGUCGAACCGUCCUCGACAGAGGCACGCACGGUAGGUCGCAAUUGACCGAGUUGCUCUCGGAUGAUUGAUUUCAAGGCGAAUCCAUCACCUCGGCCCGAUACCGUUC